AUGAAAAAUUUUUCAUUUCCUCUUCAAGAUAACACCCAUCAAGGUGAAAGUCCCUUUCAUCAUGGACUCUUGAGCUUGAUAAAUAAGUCUGAAUCCCUCAGAAGACCAGAGAGAAACGAGCAUUUAGCUCACCUGGAGAUUGCUGUGUUGGCGAUAGUAUUUAUAAUGGCAUCGUUGGGGAAUUUUUGUCUCAUCCUGAUACUGUGGAGGAAAAGAAAGAAGCUACCUCGAAUGUGCAUAUCCAUGCUUCACCUCAGCCUAGCAGACCUGGUAGCAGCAUUUUUCCAAAUACUUCCCCAACUAAUCUGGGAUAUCACAGAUGUCUUCAUAGGGCCAGAUGUCUUAUGCAAAGCCAUCAAAUAUUUACAAUUGGUAGGUAUGUUUGCUUCCACUUACAUGAUAGUGGUGAUGACCAUAGAUCGGUGCCAAGCCAUCUGUAACCCUGGGGUCACAUUCCAGAAGGAAAUGUCUCUCUGGAAUGCCUCAGUUGGUAUCAGCUGGUUAGUAGCCCUGAUCUUCAGUCUUCCCCAAGUAUUCGUCUUUUCCAAGGCUGAAAUAGCUCCUGGGGUUUUUGAAUGCUGGGCUGAAUUCAUCCAACCCUGGGGGCCCAGGGCCUAUGUAACCUGGAUUUUUGUAGCUAUUUUCUUCAUUCCUAUGUUGAUUUUAAUGAUAUGUCAGGGUAAGAUCUGUAGGAUCAUCCAAAGGAACAGAAAUGCAGAAAAACACAGCAAGCUGGAAAUCAGAAGGCAGAAGCAAAUCGUGCCAUCUCAAGCAAGCAGCAUUAAUAGUAUUUCAAAGGCAAUGAUCAAGACUGUGAAAAUGACAGCAGUGACAAUCGUUGCUUAUAUUCUGUGCUGGGCACCUUUCUUCACAGUGCAGAUGUGGUCUGUGUGGCAUCCCAGCACUGUUACAGAAGGAGGAAUAUUCACCAUCAUCAUGCUCCUUGGGAAUCUAAACAGUUGUGCCAAUCCCUGGAUAUAUAUGUAUUUCUGUGGACAUAUUCCAUUCUGCAAAAAAAUGCAGCCUGAAAAGAUUUCUGUCCGAGAACAAUCUGUUGUGACAGGUAGCAUUAAUCUUGGUGAAAAAGGACCUGAAGACAAUGCUACUUCUGUAUAAUUUUUUUUUGGUUGUUGUUGCUAUGGAGGACUUAUACCAAAAGAAUUUUAUAUUAUUAUGUUAA